UGCUCCGGGCGCUCGCCUGCACGGGAGGGAGGCGCACGGGCUGUCCGGGCCGGGACCGCGCGGCGCUGUCCGAGGUGCUGCGGCCCCGAGCGGGCUCAGCGAGGGAGGCGCCAUGGUGUUCGCCCCAGGUGAGAAGCCUGGCCGUGAGCCAGAGGAGGUGAAGCUGCAGAUGGCCAGCAGGCAGAUCGUGCAGACGGCCAUCCUGCAGGCUGUGCAGCAGGUCUCCAGGGAGAGCCGGCGGGCGGACGACAGAGCCAGCGACAGCCGGGGUCGCCGCCAGCUGGGUGUGCGGGAGCUCACCAAGAAGCCCGACAAGAAGUAGCGGGGUGGAUGUGGCGCUUGCCGUGUGCAGUUCGUAGCCUGCCUGUUAGUAUAGGACACGCUGCCAACACGUGGCCGAUAAGGAAACCAAAGCGCGCAGGACACGUAGCCGUGGGACGGACUCACACCCGGCCCUGACCGAGAAGCACUGUUUUGCAGAAGUGCAUUAGACAUUCUGUUCACACUCAUGCGGUGCCUCCAACACGGCACCAGCCAGAUGUGACAUGUGCGUCGCAAAAGUGGUUUUGCAGCACAAUUUUUGAAGUUUUCUUUUCUUUUAAGAGAGAAUUCUAAGUCCUGUUUAUUUUACCUCUGCUUUUUACGCACUCUUUCUGUGAAUUCAGUGAGCAGGUUUUCCCCUUCUUUUCUUGUUUUCUGAAAUACUGAGUUCAGGUCUGUGUUCUUUAUUAUUUCUUUAUUUUUUGGUACCGGAGAUCGAACUCGGGUCCUCGCACUUGUGCAGCAGGCGCCGAAACCACUGAGCUAAAUCCCCGGCCCUCUUUAUAAAUAUUUUAAAAAGACAUGCUAGAAAGGUGAGAGUUGGAAGAAAGAAGUGGAGUUUUAGCCCCUUUCAAAUACAGAGCUGAAGGCUUUUAUGAUAUGAAUCCAGGCCCAAGAUCAAAUUAAACAAAGACAAAUCCUAAGACCCAGUCCCCCUGGGUCCCAAGCAUAUAUGUAUAUUACUUAUAAAAGAGGACUAUAGGCUUUUAAAGAACCCAACCUUCUCAUCUCUCUUCUCUGAGUGAUUCCAUGGCUGCCAUUUACCUUCUGUGCAGAGAUCCAUUGGGAAUGGUGUGGGUUUCUUUUUUUCUUUUCCAUCUCAAAGUUAAAUACAAUAAAGCAAGUGAGUGUCUGUGCAUGAGCUACUAUUCAUUCAGUUCUUCAGCAACCCCACAGAGACCAACUACAAUUCUACAUCUCUAACCUGCUGCCCUUCUGGACAUUGAACAUCCUUGGAAGGAGCUCGGGGGCCUUAUGUGUAUGCCGUGUCACUGGCAGGCUAUGGAUUUGUAUUCGUACCUUACCUACGGGAACUUGCCUCUGCCUGUGCACAAGUUAGAAUUUUUAUUUUGCUGUUAUAUAAAAAUCAUAUAGGUCAGGAAUAAUGUUUAACUUGGGAAAGCCAGCUUUUCAACUUUCUGACAUGUGAAAAUACAAUGGAAAGCGUAAAGUGACAGCUCUGUGAAGGCAGUUGCAGAGAUAGGUGUGUAUAUGUGCACACAGUUGCGUUGUGCAUGUGUAUAAAAGGAGGAUCACUUCCUGCUCCACCCCAGUGCACAUCUUCCUGGAGUCUUUUUGAGCCUCAUUUCCUGUGCUUCACCAAAGUUAUUGAGUUGGUGCCAUUGGGAACAGGGAGCAUAUAACCUUUGUUACAAACCUGCAGGCUUCAGAGUAUCAGUAUCUGCAGUUAAUAGUUCUUUUCGUUUUUAAAGCAAGAUAUUGGCAUAUACAAUAUGAGUACUAUUAAGAUACAUGUCUAAAAUUCCAAUGUGUUAUGCUUUCCAGAAUGAAUGUUAUGGCUAACCUCAGAUGAACCAGAAGGACUUCUCAUCAACUAUGUUAGACUGUCCUCCACAGGGCAUAGGUGGAAUAAAUUAAUUCGGGGAGAAGAUGGGUGGCAGAGGAAGCAAAGGAGGCUAAAAUUGAAAUAUUGUUUAUCCAGAAGUAUUUUUUAGCACACUUUGUGACAGUUGGAGAAUGAAUUUAAGUUGACCUAAAGUCACAUAAUGACGAGACAAGAGGGCAUAAUGUAGUGAGUGAAAGUGAAGGCAUGUAGGGAAAUUUUCAGGUGUGCUCACAAAUAAGAAGGGGGAUGAAAGUAAUUAAGAUGUGCCAAGCACAUAUCCUUACUCCUUAAGUUGAACGUAAACACUGUACUGGAAACAUGUACUAAUGAAAAGUAAACAACUGUGAAAAAGAAAGGAACCGAACACUUGAAGCUUGCCAGUGAUCUGAAUAUACCCAGGCUUGGCUUUUGCUGUCAGAUGGCAGAAACAUGCCCUCCUUCCUCUUUGGUGUGACUGUAUUAGUAAACUGGGGGUCCUUGGGAACAUCUUGAUCUAAAUAUUAUUUAUAAAUAAAAUAUAUCCUGCUUC